UUAUUUUGGGUUUUUAUUUGGAUUGUCCACACAUGUUAUUUAACCAAAACAAACUCGGAAGGGAGGCUAAAAAAACUUUAGAAACAAGCAUUUUAACGUUUUUUGACAGUGACACGCCUUUUACACUGGCUUUUGUUGAUUGACGCUUGACAUGUCAACGCCCCACGACACGAGCCAACCACACACUCGCUAACCAAACAAACCCGGAAGUGAGGCUAAAAAUAAACUUUAGACCGAGGCCUCACUUCAAGUCUGCCAAAAGUAACUUUAGUAUGGGAGGUUAAUUAAUUUAAAUUAUAACAAUAAUAACUUUCAAGUUUCGUUUAAGGCUCAUUUUUAGGCCUAUUUUGAAUGUGUGUUAAAUUCACCAUCACAAGCUAGUCUCUCCGCUCAAACUUGAUUAAUAAAAUCCAAGAUGACGUAAUUGUCUUGAUUGCUCAAACUAACUUUAUUAAGACAAAGUCCAGUAUUUUACGAACGAGGUGCCAGUACAGUUGGGCGCUAGCGAUGAAUGAACCAAACGAACAUGGACGACAGUGAAAAGGCAAAUUAUAGUCCGAUCCCAACCAGCGACUCGGCGGGGACCCUUGAAAAAGGACGCCUGGAUGUCUCGUGCGGGCGGCCGCAGACGAGGAUGGCUCUCCAACUCAACACGUACACGGCGACCACCUGGAUGCUUGUUGUUUGGCGAGCGUGCAAUGGGAUGAUGGCAUUAUUCUUUGGCUUGGCGACGUACGUACAGAUCAACGACCCGGAUGCCGCUUUGUGGAUGGUGGGCUAUGGCAUUCCUGCCUUCCUCUGUGCGCUCAUUGGGCUCAAACCCCACGUGACAGAGAUGUUAGCAUGGAGGCGUGUGGCUGACUUGCACAUAAUGCUGUGCACUGGCAUGCUCCUCAUCAUUGGAUGGAAGCUUUACAGGCAGAACACAACAGGCCUCUUCCAAGAAGAGGAGGCCAGAGAGUUUGGUGGUGUGGUGUUGACGAUUUUGUGGCUUCUGCUGUGUCGUCACUCCGGAAGGUCGGCGGUGGGCAAGUUGAGAGUGUCGGCCGCCAUUCUCGUCACACUGUUUCCAUUUGUGUGCUGGUUUUACUUCCAUGUCCACGAGGAGCUACGUGCCAACUGGCCGUCACACUGCAAGACUGCACUGUAAUGGCAACAAAAGGACAUUUUAUUUGGUGUAUGACUGAAAAUUGUAAACUAAUAACAGUGUUUUAUGAAGCAAGGCGUUUUAAUGUAUUUUAUAAAUUGUAUUUAAUUAAAAAAAAAAUUCUAUGAUUUAAUAAGUUACAAGUAGUUUGUUCCAGUUAUGUAAUUGUCCAGUGAUUGUGUGCUCAGUACAAGCAUUAUUAAAGUUAGUAAAAGGGAAACUA